UGCGAAAGGCCACGGCGUUUACAAGAAUUGAACAGUAUUCACAGGUAUUUUCGCCGUGCUGAGAGAUAACUUUGGAUAAUCGAUAGCCAAGCCGUGCCAUGGCAACGAAUAUUGUUAGGACAAUGAGGUCAGUUUCAGAAUGCUGCUUCUUUACUGUACCGCGUAACUUGGUCGUCAAUCACAAGAGGUGACGGACUUGUGACGAAAAAAUAACACAAAAUGGGUAACACCGAAAGCAAUGUUACAAGUGGCGUAAAGAAACAGACGGACACGUCGUCAAUCUUGCUGUACAAACUGGUAGAUCUGAAAGGCGGAGGUCUCCUCGUUGACAUGAUGAAGAGAGCUGCUCAAACGAAACAGUUUGCCGAGCUUGACCACGCGAUGAGGACGAAAGUCGAACCCUUUUUGUACAACAAGGGCAAAGGGAAGUGGAUACCGAUCAGCAAACUGGUCCUCUUACGCAACAAGGAACGACCUAGACAUAAAAUGUUACCAGUGCUAAGAGCCAUGGAAAAUCCAGGCGAAUACGACAUCGACAAAGACCUUGGCGACGAGGAGAUCGACGAGGACAAUAUAGAUAAAAGCAAGUACAGAGAAGUCUGUUGGUCUUUGAGCGAAAGAGGCGCGGUUGGGGAGACCAUUUUGCAUCUUUGCAUGCUAAACGCAACGGCGAUUCACGCUGACUUGGCCAAACGUCUCUUGAGGUUCUAUCCAAAGCUGAUCAACGACAUUUACAUCAGUGACGAGUACUAUGGCGAAAACGUACUGCAUAUCGCAAUCGUCAACGAAGAUCCUGCGAUGGUGAAAUUCUUACUAGACAGUGGAGCAGACGUCCACGAGAGAUGUUUUGGGAAUUUCAUGUGCCCCGAGGAUCAAAAAGCGUCAAGAGCCGACAGUAUGGAACAUGAAUGGGUUUGCGUCGCACCGGAAACGAAUUACAAAGGUUACGUUUACUGGGGAGAGUAUCCGUUGAGUUUUGCCGCUUGUCUUGGCCAGGAAGAAUGUUAUCGUUUGAUGCUCGCGCGAGGUGCUGAUCCUGACAAGCAGGACACAAACGGCAACACGGUUCUACACAUGUUGGUCAUUUAUCAAAAACUUGCAACCUUUGACAUGGCCUACGAAGUGGGGGCGUCACUAGCGAUCAGAAACGUUCAAUUUUUGACACCAUUGACUCUGGCUGCGAAAUUGGCGCGAAUCGAGAUGUUUUUCCACAUUUUAAACAUCGAAAGAGAGAUAUAUUGGCAAAUCGGUAGCAUCACUUGCGCAGCUUAUCCUCUAUCGCUGAUUGAUACCAUAGAUAUUGCCACCGGUAGAAUAAGCAACAAUUCUGCUCUGAAUUUGGUCGUCUUUGGUGACAAAGAUGAACAUUUGGAACUGAUGGACGGCGUGCUGGUGGAUCUUUUAAAUGCAAAGUGGAACACGUUUGUCAAAUCAAGGUUCUAUCGGCAGUACUUCUUGUUCUGCUUCUACUUCUUAAUUUCCUUGGUCAGCUUCACCCUUAGACCAGGACCAGUGACUAAAGCGGCGCCUACGUCGAGUCCGCUGUCCCUGUCAACGGUUGAGGAAAUUUCGAGGCUAGCUAAAAAUUUGACGACAUCUCUUGCCUCGAACAUAACAUCGUUAGUGAGCAUUUCGCCGGGCGCGGUAAGCUGGCUAAGUUCUCAAAUAGCAUUGAACAUCACUUCGUCACUGGAAGAGAUUCUCGUCGCAUUGCUGCUAAGAGGGCUUUCAACAACGGAAUCAAGCGUGACCGAGAUCAUUUCUCGUUCGGAUGAAAAUUUCACAACUGUUAGCGAAAAUGUGACCACUGGUUUCGACUACCUGUCCACAGCUGUCUACAGCAUUUUGACUGAAAACACAACUUUAUUCGGCUUAAACUGGACCACCCUUGCUUCAGACGUUGAGAAUGGAGGCAGCUGGUGGAACGCAUUGACGACUGAAUGCCGGCUGAUGGACGUGACGGGAAGUGCUGCAAAGGUCCGACUGGUUGCCGAAAUUCUAAUGGAGCUCGGGGCGAUUUUAUACAUAGCGGCGGCCCUACGAGAGGCGAGAUUUCUCGGGCUUAAUAUGUUUAUAGAAAACCUGAUGACCGCACCGUCCCGGGUGAUGUUCCUAUUCUCGUGCGCCAUAUUGCUCUCUUUCCCAAUUUUGAGGCUGACUUGUGCCGACGAGGUUGAAGACAUGCUGGCUGUUGUCGUGAUGCUGACCCUGGCACCAUACUUCUUGUUUUUCUGCAGAGGAUUCAAGACCGUCGGUCCCUUCGUCGUAAUGAUAUACAGGAUGAUAAUGGGUGACCUUUUGAGAUUCGUAUCGAUAUAUAUGGUCUUCGUUAUGGGAUUCUCGCAAGCCUACUAUAUAAUCUUUCUUUCUUUCAACAAAAACGGUACAGAACCUGAUAAUCCUGUACCUUCUCCAAUGGAAAGUAUAAUGGCCAUGUUUUUGAUGAGCAUGACUAAUUUUGGAGAUUAUUACGGUGCUUUUGAGAACACUCAUCAUAGAACAGAAGCUAAGUGUCUUUUCGUCGUGUACAUGGCCAUUGUAGCGAUCUUAUUGGUCAACAUGUUGAUCGCUAUGAUGGGCAACACUUACCAAAAAAUCGCCGAGACCCGGAACGAGUGGCAAAGACAGUGGGCCAGAAUAGUUUUGGUCGUUGAGAGAGGCGUGAGUCCAACUGAAAGACUGAAAAAAUUAAUGGACUAUUCCCAACCGAUGUCCGAUGGACGGAGAGCUCUGGUGCUCAGAUUGAACCAAUCCGAGGCAGACAAGGAAGAGAUGAAGGAAAUAUUGGAAAUGAAGAGGGUUCACGACAGGUUGGUUAAGAAACGCAAGGAAAAGAUCCAUGAGAACGAAAUGAAAAAAUUUUCUGCACAAACGAAUUCUGUGCUUGGAAAAGACCUGCAAAUGAACGAGAGUGUGGCAUGAGAAGGUACGUUAGUCACGCACUGAAAACUGAAUUUGACGCAGUGAGUAUAAUAAAAGAGUUAAAACGAA